AUUAUGUUAUAGUGGAAAGAUGAAAAUCUACAAGUUGUAUGAGUUACGACGUUAUUACGCCAGGGUAUCAUCAUUAGCAUUCGUUUUCGAUUCUUUUGUAAUUCUAACCAUAACGAUAGUGCCAUGGAUCAUCUCAUAUAUAACUGGUUACAUGUACUUUGAUUCAUAUGCUUUUCCGGAGAAACCCACGAUACUAUUCAACGGAGACUUACUACUAUUUCUUCAAAUGAGCGACGGUUUUUUGUAUUACACAAAUAUAAAUCAUGAUGGAACAAAUCGUUUAAUGAAGUCUUCGCUCAGGCUACCUCGAAUCAGUUUCUACAAUUCUAAAAAUAGAAAUCUUAAAGAGGAAGAUGCCCUUAAUAUUGUUGUUGAGUUUCCUAUUUCGUCUUCAGAAAAAGUAAUUAGUCUGACAGCUGUAUUGCUAGUUGAUAUGAUUUCGUGGCGUUUUUACAAUAGACAAAACCGGGUUCCAAUAAUUAUAAACAAAUCUUUUCGAACGCCUCCCAACGCGUUUCUAUAUUCUGGGGAUCUAUUAUGCAUUCGGAAAUACUUAACCAAUUCAAAACAAGCUGGAAUUUAUUAUAAGACUGAAACAACUUCAAAAGAAAUCUUCGAUUUCUAUUCAAAUAUCUCGAUGGGCGGAUACUUCUUACUUGAGGAUAGAGUAAGUGUACCUAUGAUGCGUCAAAGUCAUUCAGGUACAUUUAACAUAGAACUCUCGGUGCACUUCUCCUCUCUAAGGACCAGUGUUAAUCCAGGAUUUUGGUAUACGAUCAAAUUUGCAUGGGUUCAAUAUUUAUCAAUCGGUUUGGUGCUUUUCUAUUUAGCAGAAAAAAUGAGAGGAUAUGUGUAUGAUAAACAAAUAGUUAGAACAGUUGUACAGUCAACCAUACCAAAAUCUUUGAAUCAAUGAAAAUGCAUGUUUUUUUUCUAAUUUAACAAUAACUAAUACAUAAUGUUGAACAAUUUGGCCAAUAAAAUUAUUUAUAUCUUUGUAUC